CCGAAUUCCGUUUCGUACUUUAAUCCGUACAGAUUGGGGAAACCACACCCCGGGACGCAGCGGCAACUGCUCCACAUCCGGAUAGCACGGGCAAUGUUGCAUUCAACAUAGCACCAAGUUAGCAACGACGCCGUGGCCAGGGAUGACGCGACGAUGGACAGCGUGGAGGAACCGCUCAUCUCUCGACGUCCCUCUCCUGCGGGAGAUCCCGCCCGCCACAACGACAGCCAUGACGCCGCCGGCGCCUACGAAUAUUUCACCACCAGCUCCUCUCCAUCACUCUUCAUCUACCUCCUCACCUUCAGCGCAGGCAUCUCCGGCCUUCUCUUUGGCUACGACACAGGCGUGAUCUCGUCAACGCUCGUAUCCCUCGGCACCUCCCUCUCCCCGCCCGACAACCCGCACCCGCUGACCUCGCUCGAAAAGUCCGUUAUCACCUCCUCCACCUCGUUCCUCGCCCUGCUCGUCUCGCCCUUCUCGUCCGUCCUAGCCGACACACUCGGCCGCAAGCGCGUCAUACUCGCCGCAGACGUCCUGUUCGCCCUCGGCGCGGCCGUGCAAGCAUGCAGCGGCACCAUCGGGGCCAUGGUGCUGGGCCGGUCGGUCGUCGGCUUGGCGGUGGGCGCCGCGAGCUUUGUCGUGCCGCUGUAUAUCUCCGAGCUGGCGCCUGCGCGGUUUAGGGGCCGGUUGGUGACGAUGAACGUUGUUUUCAUCACCUUGGGCCAAGUGGUGGCGUAUAUUGUUGGUUGGGCGCUGGGCCAGUUUGGUGAGGAUGGGAUGGCGUGGAGGUGGAUGGUUGGUCUGGGAGCUUUGCCCGCUGUUGUGCAAGGGUUGGUGGUGCUGGCUAUGCCGGAGACCCCGAGGUUCUUGGUGAUGGUGGGAAGAGUGGGCGAGGCCAGGAGGGUUGUGGAAAGAGUGCUUGCGCGGAAGGAGGAGGGGAGAGGGGAGGUGGAUGCGACGGUCAAGGGGAUUGAGAUUGAGGUCCGAGAGGAGUCAGAGGCGAGGAGAUUACGGAGGGUAAGCGGGGAUGGGAGAGAUGGAUGGAUAGGGUCAGUCAAUGAACUGUUUGGGGUCAGGCGGAACCGGAGGGCGUUGGCGAUUGCUUGUUUACUUCAGGGGCUUCAGCAGCUCUGCGGAUUUAAUUCACUGAUGUAUUUCUCGGCUACCAUCUUCACGAUGCUCGGCUUCCCAAUCCCCACUCUCACAUCGCUGGUCGUCGCUGUCACCAACUUCCUCGUCACUCUUGCCGCGCUCUUCCUGAUCGAUCGCAUCGGAAGGAGGCGCAUUCUGCUAUGGUCAAUCCCGUUCAUGAUUGCAGGACUCCUGCUCGCAGCAUACGGAUUUUCCUUCAUCAGGCUCACUUCGCCUGCUCAGGGCGCAGCGAUCAUAAUCCUGGUCAGCAUCAUGGUGUACGUCGCGGGCUACGCUCUGGGUCUUGGCAAUGUGCCGUGGAUGCAGAGCGAGCUGUUUGCGCUCAACGUGCGGUCGCUGGGGAGCGGAAUCUCGACGUCAACCAACUGGGGCGCAAACUUUGUCAUAGGGCUGACAUUCCUGCUCCUCAUGGAUGCGCUCACUCCAUCAUGGACAUUUGUGCUUUACGCGGCAAUAUGUACGACCGGAUACGGGUUAAUAUGGAAGUUCUAUCCUGAGACGGCAGGGCUGAGUCUCGAAGAAGCGGCGGGCCUGCUAGAACACGAGAACUGGGGCGUGCAGUAG